ACGUCUGCUGAGUGCAGCCAGAACAGGGCCAAAACGCCGGGCGGAUAAACUUACAUCUCAACCAUGGUGAAUAGGAGACGAAACGGAUCCCGAGCUAAUGGCAAUGCUGGUCGAGGAGGGGUUAAAUCACAACCACAACAGCAGUGCAAGCGAUCACCUAAGGCUCUGAGAGAACCAGCCAUCUUUGCUAAAAAAUCAGGCUGCUCCUCUGACGCACCACAUGACAAAGUGACUUUAGCUCAGGCUCGCCGCGGCACUCCGGCCAAUCGGCCUGCACGGGUUUAUGCUGAUGGGAUCUUUGACCUCUUCCACUCUGGUCACGCCAGGGCUCUGAUGCAGGCCAAGAAUUUGUUUCCAAACACACAACUGAUUGUUGGCGUAUGCAGUGAUGCUCUGACACAUCGGUAUAAAGGCUACACAGUGAUGACAGAAGAUGAGCGUUAUGAAGCACUCAUACAUUGCCGAUAUGUGGACGAGGUGGUCCGAGAUGCUCCAUGGACACUCACUCCAGAAUUCCUAAAAAAACACAGGAUUGACUUUGUGGCACAUGAUGAUAUCCCAUACACCUCUGCUGGAUCAGAUGAUGUCUACAAACAUAUCAAAGAAGCAGGAAUGUUUGUGGCUACUCAAAGAACGGAGGGGAUCUCUACGUCGGACCUGAUCACACGCAUUGUACGAGACUAUGACGUCUACGUCAGACGUAACCUGCAGAGAGGUUACACAGCACGGGAACUGAACGUUGGCUUCAUCAAAGAGAAGAAGUAUCGUCUGCAGGAGCAGGUGGACAGAAUGAAGGAGACUGUGAGGACAGUGGAGGAAAAGUCCAAACAUUUAGUUCAUCGCGUUGAAGAGAAGAGCCAUGACCUUAUCCUAAAAUGGGAGGAGAAAUCUCGUGAGUUCAUUGGAAACUUUCUGGAGUUGUUCGGUCCAGACAAAGCCUGGCACAUGAUUCAGCAGAGAAGUGGGCGUGUUCUUCAAGCUCUGUCUCCGUAUGGGUCUCCACACACGUCACCCAGCACCAGCCCCACCAGAGGUCGCUCUACAUCACCCUCCUCUCACUGGCCUAACCUUCGCUUCCGCUCACCUCCACCUGAAGGAGCCUCCAACAGCAGCAGUGAGGGUGAUGAAGAGGAGAAAUAUGGACUCUAACCUUCUUACCUCUUGCACAUUUGUGAGAAAAAUUAUGUUUCUUUCACUGUACUUUAUAAUAAUUGAGCUUUGCGGAAACCUUUGACAGAAGCAGAAUUGAACACUUGAUCCCCGUCAAAUUACACAUUUAACGAUAUUUCACUGUAUCAAAGUAUCGCAUUUUUCAACAGACAGAAUGUAAUAUAUGUACCUGUGUCUUAAAGCUAUUUUUUUACGAUGUAACAUUUGUUUAAUCUUAUGGGUUGAACUGUGACCAAUGUCCUAGUGCAUCAUAUUUAAAUGUUUUAUUUAUGUUUAUUACGCGGCUCGAUGGAAUGCUUGAUUCUGAUUGGCCAGUUGCGACAUUUGCUGGUUAGUUAUUCUCAGAUAACAACCACUCAAACUAAUAACACAUGGUAACCCGGAUGCAGCAAAUCAUUUUGACAGGUUUAAAAACAAAUAUUUAUUUUAAUAACAUAUAUGACAACAUAGUUACAAAUGAAUAAACCAAAUUCCCUGUUCGGGACAUUUGAAUGUCAUUUCUUACAUUUAAACCGAAAGUAAACA